CUAGAAUACCUCAUAUGGGUUUCAAUGGCGAUCCCGAAUUCCACAAAUCACGAUAAGAACUGCGCAAGCUAAUCUCUUGUUUAUCUACGGCUCAAACAGGAUAUAUUGUCAAAAUUGCUAUACAAAUUAUUUUAAAAAUAUACUAUAAUACAAACUUUUUAAUACUUCAAAGUAAUACCUCAACAUUUUCUUCGAUAAAUCAAAGGUAAAACAUCGGUAUAUAUAACGAAAACAUCGAUAGUUUUUGCCCACUAUCAUCUGAUACCAUAAAAACAACACGAUCAGACGACUACUGACAACAUUUUGGUCCAGAAUCGUUGACGCCCAAUUUAUCGUUCAACGAAAUCCACUGCAAUGGGCCACGAGCGUACAUUAAAACAAGUAGACAACGAGUUGGACGAGACUUGUGUACAAAUGGUCCAGUUGAUGAACGACUAUCUUGUAUGUAUUGAACGGAUUGAACAAUGUUUACGUAACGGAUGUGUUCAUCUUGCCAAGUCCAGGUACUUGAUGGGCAAUCGCAGCGUGUCCAACCUACAACUCCCAACUGUUAGACUGUAUACAGCCCGCUCAAAAAUUGAGAAUGACAAUGAAAAUGACAGCAUUCAUUUAGUAACAAACAAAGAUGGUGAUGAUCCAAUCAAACGUUUUGGAGUGCUUGUACCGGGUAGUCUUCGUAUAGCUCAAGAAGGGUUUUGCAAAUGCUUAGAGUCAGCUGUAGAAGCUACAAAUGUACAAAGAAAAAUGGAAAAAUUGCAAAAAUGUGUUUCAAAUUUGAAAAAUGUAAGAAAUCAAAUGAUAAAAACCAGUAUUUUGUAAGAAAAAUUAAAAAUAAACAUUAAGUACUCGUUCAAUAAUUACAAA